AUGGCAGGAAGACAUUCAGUCCAGAUCAUCAGCGACUCAGAUUCGGAUUACUCCACCCAAUUAAGACCCUAUCAGAUCCGACCUAGCUUUAAUACCCUCGAAAGACUUGAAUAUGCUCUCUACAAUUGGCUCAAUCUCGAAACCGUCGAGAGGCCUCCCCAAACACAACUCAACAGCAGCGACCAGCUGUUCGGCGAUACCAUUUUCCCCUACCACUUCCGAGACAUCACCUAUCUCGGCGAUAAUCCAGCUGGGACGUCAGAGCGUAUCGCCAUGCGCCUUGACGGCGAGGAAUUCCUUCACCUCCACUGCUUCAGCUUCACGAUAAGCACCAGACACGGACGCGACGGCCACUGCUGGAUCGCCGAGGCCAAAGUCGAAGCCUUACGACGCGAUGGCUCUGUUAUUAGAGCUUUUGUAGAUGGCGAGUAUGCUCUCUUGCGUGCCACCCUGGAAUGCAGGCACGACGUAGGGUUCAAUGCGUUGCCCAUGCUGCGGGCGGUGUUCAGCUGGCAAGUCCUGGUCGUAUAUCUGCAGAACAUCGUCGAUUCCAAGGUCAAGGGGGUGGCGAACGAGAAUCCUUUGGAGAGUAUGGGAUACCUAGGAGAUGGCGUCUUCCGGAAGAAGCUCUUGUACCGGGUGAGGCCGGUAAAUUGA